CAUCAGCACUCUGUUGUGAAAAUUUUUGCUGCAAUCGUUCUGUGUGUUUAUUUUUAUUGUGAACAAAAAUUGUAGAAGUAGUGGCAAUCCUGUAAGGACGUACCUAAAAAAUUAUGAACUUAUAGCUCGCUGUUGGUGGUUUAAGAACGUUUUCGAAUAAGGGAAACACCUCACGACUUGGAAUUUCCCUCAAAUUUAAGAAAACUCAAUUUUGCUGCUGCUUGGUGAAAAAAGAUGGCCUAUUCGAGCCACAUCAGCGAUAUCGUGAAUUUGAACGUUGGAGGAACUAGAUUUUCCACAUCGCGCCAGACAUUAACAUGGGUACCGGACACAUUUUUCACAUCUCUGCUUAACUCUGAACGAAAUGGACGAAUUUCUAGUCUACGCGAUGAAACUGAUGCCAUUUUUAUUGAUCGUGAUCCAAAAUUGUUUUCGAUAAUAUUGAACUAUCUUCGCACUAAGGAGAUCGAUAUUAAAUCGUGCGAUAUUCGAGUGUUGCGCCACGAGGCUGAAUUCUACAACAUUUCUCCACUCAUUAAGCGUCUUAUGCUGUGCGAGGAAAUGGACCAAUCCAGUUGUGGAGAUGUUUUGUUUUAUGGUUAUCUGUCAGCUCCAAACAUUCCCAUCCAAGAUGUGCCCCUAGUUUCGAACAAUUCUGUCACAUCCUCGAGUUCAUCUUCCAGUUCAAAUGGCUCAUCACAAUCGAGACAGCCCAAAACUCAAGUUGAUUCCCUACAAUCAACAUAUUCCCAACCCAAUCCGUCUUCAUCACAACCACCCUCGGUGGGUCCAUCAGGCGCGUCAUCGAGUGGAGCAAUAUGUAAUACUUCAACGAAUCCUCGUCCAGGCUCAAUGGUGCGUGUUCCAGAAUUGUCACAGAGUUCCGGUUCAUCUGGAAGUGGUACAGGAGGCGCUGCUGGAUCCCGACAUGCUGGUCAUUCUCGGAACUCUUCGUGGGAUCUUCGGGUAUCGUAUAAUGGAAAUGGAAGAAACUCGCAGUGGGCUCCCGGCCACUCACGAACCGCCUCAUUGGAUAUGAUGAGACAUCAUUCUCGAAACUCUUCGGUCGAUUUGAACAAAUACGUUAGGAACGAUCUGGGUCUCGUAUUCGGACCGAGUCAGUCGUCCGGAUGGUCCGAUCCCAUGCGUGUCCAGAUAAUCAAAGCUCAUCACAAUUGGAUUUUGGUUGCAUAUGCACACUUUGUCACUUGCUAUCGAUUGAAAGACUAUUGUGGGUGGCAGCAGAUUUUUAUCUCACCUUACGUUGAACAAACAAUCGAACGAAUAGCUAUUAACGCGAAAAUGAGUCUAGCCACAUCGGCUGGUGAACAAUCGCAUAGUAAGAUGGUAGCAAUCUCAUACGGUAGUCAAAUUCGACUUUGGGGAAUCUCAGAAGAUGGCAGCAAAUGUGACGUCGGUACAUUCAACUUGCAUGUACGCGUCGAGUAUCUAUUCUUCAUUGGUAGCCAACUGGUUGCCCUUUCUUCGUCUGGAAAAAUAGGCGUUUGGCACGCGAUGACUCAGCAUUGGCAAAUUCAAGAUUUGGUGCCGAUUCUGUCGUUCGACACCGCCGGUUCGUUUCUGCUUCUUGGUUGCAAUAAUGGUUCGAUCUAUUAUAUUGAUAUGCAAAAAUUCCCUCUCCGUAUGAAGGAUAACGAUUUGCUAGUUACCGAACUAUACAAGGAUCCCUCGAACGACUCCAUCACGGCUAUUUCAGUUUAUUUAACGCCGAAAACUACAACACCGGGAAUGAAAGAAGGUCUCUCUGGUAACUGGAUCGAAAUCGCGUACGGUACGAAGUCAGGUUCAGUGCGGGUAAUUGUACAGCAUCCGGAAACAGUUGGACAUGGCCCGCAGCUGUUUCAGACAUUCACUGUCCAUCAAAGUCCUGUUACGAAGGUAACCCUCUCGGAGAGGUUUCUCAUCUCAGUGUGUAGCGAGUAUAAUCAUGUACGUACCUGGCAAGUAACUCGCUUCCGAGGAAUGAUCUCUACACAACCUGGCUCAACACCGGAAGCAUCAUUCAAGAUCGUUUCACUCGAGGCCGUUGAUUCGACCUACAGCUAUUCUGCUGGCAAUGAUUUUGGACCGUUCGGCGAGCAAGACGAUGAACAGAUCUUCGUACAGAAGGUUGUUCCCGAUACAGAUCAGUUGUAUGUUCGCCUUGCCUCGAACGGAGAACGUGUUUGUCUAGUCCGAUCUGUGGACGGAACAACUAUAACAUCCUUUUGUGUUCAUGAGUGUGAGGGAUCCUCUCGGAUGGGUUCUCGACCGCGGAGAUUCAUCCUUUCCGGUCAUUGCAACGGUGCGAUACAAAUGUGGGAUCUCACGACAGCGCUGGAAAUUUUCAAAAAGAAAGAUCAAAACAAAAAGCUCAUCGGAGGUCCUACUGCGGAUGAAUUAAUCCGUUUGUUGGAUCAGUGCGACCUUAGCAAUAGCCACUGUUCGACUCCCUGCAUGUCUCCGUGUCCCACAACAAUUCCAUCCAGUGCGGCCGCGGCUGCCAGACUCAAACCGUUUAACGUUGCAUUUCUUAACCAAUCAGCUGCUGCGGCGGCCGCAGCAGUCGGUCCUGGAUGCGGUGCACAAAAUCCAGAUCAACCAAACUGAUCAAUGCUAAGGCGACGAAGGGGCAUUUGAAAGUGGUUAUGUUGUUAUAUUCAACUCUAGAGUAGUCCUCAUCGACGAGAAUGACUUAUAAACGCAUCACUUCUUCUGAGACUAUAUCAAACAUGUUCUAAAAUGUGAUUUUAUUAGUGUAUUGAAUGUAAUUUACAUUUUACUCCAUUCGAUAUUUUGGAAUUUGAAAGAAGUAAAAGUGAAUACUGUGAAAGUAAAGAUUAGCAUACAUAUUAACAUUUAGUCAAUCCAAACAUGUAGAGCGAAAUUAUAUUUUUAAUAAAAAUAUCAAAACAAA